CAUUUACAUAAUUUCAGAUACAAUUGAAAUCUGCAAUAUUGUAAGAUUCAUAUCAGUUCCAUUAUUUCAUUCAUCUCCAGUUAAUUGGCUUUAUUUAUUUACUACAUCUUCAGCAUUUUCUUUUAUUGCUCAAAAAAAAGAAUUUACUGGAUUCACAUUAAUGAUCGCUCUUCAUUUGAUUCAAUAUUUUCUCAUCACAGGAUUAAGUGCAAUGACAUAUUGGAAUUUAGGAAAACAAUUAUUUAAUUUAUUUGUUUGGCCAGAUGAUUCUCGUCAACUAAUCAUUCAGUUGGCAAUGAUUUUGUCUACUGCAACUAUGUUCUGUCACGUAUUUAUCAGUAUUUGGUCAAAGCUUUCAGAGAUUAUCAAUAUAAAUUGGUUUCUAGUUUCUACCAUCGUUCAUCCUGCUAUUAGUUUCUACAUCUUUCCGAGAUUUCAACAUGUUCAUAUGUUGACUGUUUGGUUUUCUUUUCUUAUGAUUUCAGUUAAAUUUAAUCAGAAGAUGUUCAUUAAAGUUCUCGGAGUCUUUUUCAUUGUUCUAUACUCCAGCCUUUUGGAAUCCUGGGAAUUAUAUUUUUUGGAUUUGAAGUCACUUUUCAAAAUAAAAUAUUUAUUCUAA